AUGAGUAGUCAAGUCUCUGUUCAACAUAAUGCAAACGGAUUCACUCAAGAGUUAAGAGAAGCUUUUGAAAAUAUCAAAGCCAGAGGCAAGGAGAUUACUACUCUGCUCAACAAUGCCAGCAAAAUAUCCAAUAAUGUUGUUAGUAUUGGAGGCAACUAUACUAAAGAGACUUCACAGGAACUUUACUGCAGCGAGGUAUCACCCUGCGUUGACUCUAUUGUGCAGGCAGCAGUUGAAGAAGCCAAGGAGCGACUAAAAAAGCUCGAUCAAGAUUAUCAACGCACCUACAAAAAGUACAUAGUAGCACAAUCAAACAUGUAUAGGUGCUACAUCGAAGGAAAAGCCUGAAAACAUCACAUUCGCUGGUCUGGAUACUGUAUCAAUACAAUAAAGCUGAAGAAUCUGGUGAAGCUAAUGCAGAAUAUUCUUGACAGGCUCAAAUUCAAUGCAGAAGUAUUUUAUGGACUGGUUUGGCUUGUAACAUAUUACCUAAUUCUCAUUCGUUUUUUUUUGCAACAAAACUUGUUUUCGAGCAAGAAAUUCCUGAUAUUGCACGGUUGUGGAAGCUUGGCACAAGAAAAUAUAAUACUACAACAGAAAGCAGAACACAAACAACCAAGCAAUGACGAGCUGAGUAGAAAAGCAAUUGAUUUCAAAGCAAUUAACUCGGAGGUACUAUAAUACUCUUACCCUAGCGAGGCUCUCUGUUUAACAGCAAAAUUAAAUGAGAUUAGAAAUUUACUUCGUCAUCUUAGCAAUUGCUACAGAUGGCUUUCACUUGAGCCC